UGGGCGUUGUCAACAUGUACAAACAUGAUGUUAUUUUUUCUAUAAAACUGACAAGUUUUGCAUACGAAAGCAUAAUUGACGUCCCUGUGAAACAGAAAACACUAGCUCACGGAUAGAGAUGGCACCACAUAAAAAGGAAAAAUGUAAAUACUGGGAGAAAUGUUUCAGAAAAGAUCCUGCCCACAAAAGAGAUUACCUCCAUCCUGGUGAUAAAGAGGAAGCAAAACAAAAAAAUGCUGAUGUAGAAAUGAAAGAUGAGACAGUCAGCAAACCAACAUUAAAGAAAAGUGACACAGAUAUCUUAAUGGAUGAUGAAACAAUAGAGACAAAACCUAAAUUAAAGAGAAAUAGGACACAUGCUAUCAGUGAUGAUGAAGAUGAUGAACCAUCACCACCACCGGUGAAGAAAUUACGAUCUAAAACUGUUUCUGUUGCAAAGGAAACAGGAAGUGGUGAUUCAAAGAUGGAUGAAGAUGAUGAUGCUGUUGCUUCAGGUUCAAGUGAAGAUGUAUAUAUUCCUAAAUGUCAGUAUUGGGAUGAAUGUUACAGAAAAGAUCCAAACCAUCGUAAACAGUACAGACAUCCUGGUGAUGGCAGAAAAAGUUCCCGUCCAAAACCGGCAAAGAAACUCGAGGAAGGAGUUCAAGUUAGUUUAACUGGUGGUUACCGACUGAAAAAGCUCGGUAGUGAUUACACAUGCACAUGUAUUGGAUGGAAAAUACAGAAAAAUGCUACAAAUAAGAGAACAUGUAAACACUUGAGGGAAUAUCUUGGUGAUAACUUUGAAAAGGCCAGAAUUGGACAACUUCCUGUGGAAAAAAGAAAACCUGUUGAACCAAGUCAACGUUUCCAACAUAUAACGAUAAGUCUUCUGCUGGCUCAUAAAUAUGAAGCAAAAAAUUGUAGUGAUCCAGUUGGAUGGUGGAUAAGUGAAAAGUUGGAUGGAGUCAGAGCAUUUUGGAAUGGAAAAUGUUUCUAUUCAAGGCUAGGAAACCCAUUUUAUGCACCAAAAUGGUUUACAAAGGAUUUGCCAAAAGACUUUCAUUUAGAUGGUGAAUUAUUUGGAGGACGAAAGAAAUUUCAGCAGACAAUAAAAGUUGUGAAGAAUGCUGAGUGUGCUGACUGGAAUAAGAUAAAAUACUGUGUUUUUGAUUCACCAAAUAUGGGGAAAGAUACUUUUGAAAAGAGAACAAAGACAGUGAAAGAUUGGUUUGAUACAAAUAAGCCUCAGUAUGCUGAAUUUGUUGAUCAGUAUAAAUGUACCAGUAAACAACAAUUAGAGGAUGAUCUGAAAAAGAUGAUAAAACUGGGAGGAGAAGGUCUGAUGAUAAGACAGCCAGGAUCUGUGUACGAGAGAUGUAGAUCUAAAACAUUACUCAAACUCAAGAAAUUUUAUGAUGCAGAGGCAGUUGUCAUUGGUUACGAUCCUGGAAAAGGUCGUUUUACAGGGGCUGUUGGAGCUUUAAGAUGCAAGAUGGAAUGUGGAAAAGUUUUUAAAGUUGGAUCUGGUAUGACAGACAAAGACCACAGAAAACCACCUAAAAUUGGGUCCAUCAUUACAUACAAAUUCCAGGAAUAUACAAACUCAGGGAGUCCUAGAUUUCCUACAUAUUUAGGUGUUAGAAUUGAUGCAACAGAACCGAAAGAUGCAGAGCUCCCUUCACUUCCAGAUGAUAUAUAAAUAACAUCUUUAAAGUGUAAACAUCAAGGCAGCAUUUGACUAUUUACAGGGUUAUCUCCCAUGACAAUUAGAAUGACGUGUUGUAGAGUAUGGGACAGAUUGAUUAAAUUGUAACUAAUAUUUAUAUAAUGUAUCGGUAUGUGUUGUCUGUGUAGAAGAAAAUGAAAUUGUAAGAUUGUAUGAUUUAGCAGGAUAUCAAUGUAGCGGUAUUUAUGAAAAAUGGUUAUUUCAGUGUGGUAGAUGAAGAUCUUCUUAUACUAGAUGUCACCAUAAGUUUGUUAAAGUUGUUAGUUGAUGGGUGAUUAUUGUUGACAAUCUGUUUAUGUAUAUUUUAUUUUUUGUAGUGUUAAACUUUUUCUAUCAUUUUGUCAUUACAUUAAAUUAAUAACUUUUUACUGGACAUUUUGAAUUGAUCAUUUACAUAUUGUCAUUUUUAUUGUGCCAUUAUGUACUACAUAAUUGUAAAGUGUGCCAUAUUUCAAUACAAUAAUCUUAUAUUAUGUUUUUAACAUUCUAACCCUGAUUCAAAAUAAGUAUAGACGAUUUUAUAGAUGCAUUAUACAUAAACUCAGGUAGUGCAUAUAAAAUAUUAAAUGGACAAGUUAUCAGAACAUCUAUGUAUCUUUAUCACAAACAAUCACAUAAAGAUGUGAAAUAUUAUACUUGGUGUACCACAAGGUCAAAAUAUUUAGUUGUACAAUUUGUACUAAAAAUAGAAAAAUGGGUUUGUAAAAAAAAUUGUCAAGUGGAUUCAGUUGCUAAAUUUCAUUUUUCUAUAUUCAAGGAACCAUCAAUGAAGUCCAGAUUUUUUUAGUCCUUAUUAUUUAUACUAUUAAUAUUACGUAAUAUACUUUGUUUGUAUAAUUUUACACUAAAAAAAUACCAAUAAUUUACACAUAAUAACACCUUGUUUCUAUAUGCGAUAUAGAUUUUAUAUGUUUUUUUUCCUACCUUUAUUAUUAUUUUGAAUGUUUAUGUUUUACAACCAAAUCAUGUGCAAUGUUUUAACAUACAUUUUAAUAUUAACUUAUUCAUUACAUGUUUCUUCAUAUACCACUAACUUUUUUUCAUUUCUGUGAUAUAAUUUAUUCAUUAUAGUUAACAUGCAUACAAAGGUUUUGAGAAUUAAAAUGUUUUACAAAAGUCAGCGUCAAUUGUUGCUUGGACAUCUUUUUGUCUCUAUAAUUUCUCAUUUAAAAAAAAAACCAAAGGUUUGUACACAUAUAUGAAAGUAACAUUAUACCAUUGGUCAAAUAUCUGUUGUUUAGGAGAUUGUUAGCCAAUCACAUUUGAGGGUAUGCUUUAUAAAUGGUGAAUUGCAACACAACAAAAGUUGUGGGAGCUAUAUUUGUAUAUGUGGCCUUGCAUGCUAUUGUAAACAUAUAAUUUGUUUGAGACAGUCAUCUCAAAAGUAUUAAUCAUAAGUUUGAAAGCAUUUUACUAAUGUGACAUUAAAUGGCAAAUGACUGAG